AUGCAAAGAAAAAGGAAAACCCCUUGUAAGAGACCUAAACACAGAGCCCUUGCCAUGUAUCAAAGUUCACAGACGUCACACAACAAGUUCCCACUCAAUUGGAGGGACAUGCCGAAGACCCGACAGGAACGUGAAACUGGGGACACAAGUACAAGGACGGGGAAUGAUAGACACAGUAACUGGCAGGGCGGUAAUAUGCAGAUUGAUGAGUUGGCAGCAGCUGCAUUGAAGAGCUACUUCGACGCUUGUGCUUCGAGACAUUUGUGUCCGACAGCUGAUAAUACGCAUCCUUCUAAUAACCAGGCGAAGUUGUCUGUAUGUUGUAUUUCCACUCAGGUCACGGGCGUCUUUCUUGAUAUAUUCUAG